GGGUGCUGACGCUUCUCUUGCUUGGCAGAAGCCCUCUGCCAAUGGAGCCCGACCAGGGCACAGCAAGGAGUGUGGCGAGGGGGCGCCGGCCCUGGAGAUGGCUGUGAACUCCAUUUACUACUCGCGGGAGGAAGCGAACACGUUCUGGGUGAGGGUGCAGAGGACGGAGGCCGCGGAGCGGUGCGCGCUGCAUGGGGCCUACGUGCUCAAGGCGGAGCAGGACAGCUUGAUCCUCAAGGAGCCCCGGACCCAGGAAACGCUCUACACCUGGCCCUACCGGCUGCUCCGGAGAUACGGCCGAGACAAGGUGAUGUUCUCUUUCGAAGCUGGCAGGCGCUGCGACUCUGGCCCCGGGAACUUCACCUUUGAGACUAAGCAGGGGAAUGAGAUCUUCCGGCUGGUGGAGGCCUCCAUUCGGGAGCAGAAGGCCCAGGUCGAGGAGAACAGGCAGAGCUGUGACUCGCUGGACUUGGAUUGCCUUGGCGUGGGGCUGAUCCGCAACGCUCUGGCUGACUCCCUGAGCCUGGAGCUGCCCGCCGAGGGGGACGGCUCAGCGGUGCUCAAGGUGGGGCUGGGAGCCAGGCUCAGUGCUGCUCCGGACGAGAGGGACGCCCUCGCUCUGCUGAAGGCUCGCACUCUGCCAGAGCCCCCGGUGCCACCCAAGUCCGCGCCCCCCAGCACGCCUCCACGCUCCCCACUGCCCAAGGUGCCCAGGGCCGUGCUCCCUGCCGAGGACCCCACCAUCCUGUACUCCGAACCCAUGGACGCAGUGAAGGGCUUCCGGGCCAGGCUGGACCCGCUGUACUCAGACCCCAUCGACAGCAAGCGUGGAGGCGGGGCCCUGGGUCCGGGCCCUGCCCAGGAGGAGGGGAAGCUCAGGGCCUGA